AUGUGGUCUCAAUCUCCCAAACCAGAAGAUACAACCAUUGAGGAUGGAUACCUCUAUGGAUUUCAAUUCCCCCGUGACUUUGCCGGAAAUUCUUCUGCUAUUUCCUACUUCCAAAUUGGAAGUUUCAUUCGUGAUUUCCAGUCCAUCACUCCUCCUGUCAUGACCAACAAUGGAAUGUCCGCGUACUGGGGUGUUUCUCGCUCCGGAUUCCGUGGCUGGACACCAAARCGAUUCAGCAGAGCCAGAGAUGUUUCUGUUGGUUUCACUAGAAACGAAGAUUUCCCAGGACAACCCGUUUGGGCACCUCCUACCUUGAGUGAUGACGGGCUAGAGCCCUUCCUCUUCGGAGGUAGUGCUGCAAGGGAGUUCGUCAAAAUGAGCUGGGAUUUCAGAGAAAGAAUUGUCGUCCCUACCGGAGGGUACGUCAAGACGAAGGCAAUCAUUGAUGGUGAUUCACGUGUUGUGUACUACAUGGAAAGUGACAAUGGUAUUUUGCACUCAGCAGACUUCGAUGACGUCGAUGACAUUUGGACAGUUCCCUUUAACUUUACCGUUGAUGGAGAGAUGGCUCUCACUCCCCGCUCGGAUGUCUUGAUCGCUGCUGACUCGAAGGGUGCCAUUACUGCCUUGCAGGUCGCCGAUAUUCCUGUUACGGACGCUCCGAGUCAAUUGCCUUCGGAUGGCCCCUCGUUGGCACCUACGAUGCGACCUACCAUUUCUGCGGCGCCUUCUGUAUACGUCGCAGUGCCCACCGAAGUCCCUACCGCUGCUCCUCUCGCACCAGACACAGAGGCUCCUGUCACUGUCCAACUMCCUUCGGCCACGGCGGCUCCUGUCGCUACUCCUGUCGUUGCUCCCACGAGUUCAAGUGCCACGCUAUCUUGUUUUAUUGCCUCGGCCGCAGUCAUUGUAGCAGCCAUGUUGGUGUAAAUCUCCGUAUUGUGGGGGAUGAAUAGGGCAGCCAGCAAUGACAUACGGAUCGAUGAAAAUGAGCAUGAUGCAAUCAAGCCGAAUCAAUCGUGGAUCCGGUCUUCUUUUGGUCAUUUGUGGGUCGAACCUCAACCCGCGCGGUGUUGCUUUGUUGUUUAGAUAUUAUCGCCACAAGUCUACGUGAGUGAACAAAAUAUCUCUGCCAAAUAUCGACCUAGGUAGUAACGAKGAUGUACAACGUACAUAAUUGUUCUAUUAAAGUAUGUGUUUCGAA